GGGAAGGGCAAUGGAGGGGGGGGGGGUCAUCCCCGUAGGGCCCGGGCAGGCCAACCCAAGCGCGCCGGGGGGAGGUAGCCGACCGCGGCCCGCGGGGAGGCCAGAGCGCUCCCGGCCCAGCCUGCUGGACAGGCCGCCGCUCCCUGGCGGAGGAGAGUCCCCGCCCAGCGGCUGCCCGUCAGUGGCGGAGGCUGGCGCCGCCCUCCCGCCCCUCGGCUGCUGCGGCGGCGGCUCUUCCUCCUCGCGGCGGGCCGCCCCCGCUGUCACCGAGCGCGCGGGCCGGGCGGCGCGGAGAGCGGGUGCCCCCCUCCCCGGCGCCGCGUCCGCAGGCAGCCGGCGGGAGCGGGCCGCCGUAGCCAUGUUGAGGAGGAUUUUGCAGCGGACUCCAGGCAGAGUUGGGUCUCAGAGCUCGGAUUCGGAUUCCUCUGCAACCCCAGGAAAUGCAGUGGAUGUGAACAAUGAAAGUACUUCAGAGGGCUUUAUUUGUCCUCUGUGUAUGAAAUCUCAUGGAUCUGCUGAAGAACUUUUCAAGCACUAUGAAGUAGUUCACGGAUCUGGCAUCGAUUCAAGUCAUGGAGGAGAAGAGCAUCCUUCACUGAAAAGCAAUGAAAUAUCACUACUCCGACAAGAAAUUCAAGACUUGCAAGCUUCACUUAAGGAGGAGAGAUGGUACUCAGAAGAGCUGAAGAAAGAAUUAGAAAAAGUGCAGCGGCAGCAAGAAUCUAAGCCUGAUGGAGUGACAACGUCUGCAUCUACAGUAGAAACAUUAGAACGGCAACUCGAAGAGACCCAAGUAGAAAAUUUUAAUAUUAAGCAGAUGAAAGACCUGUUUGAGCAAAAAGCCGCACAGCUGGCUACUGAAAUUGUAGAUAUUAAGGCAAAGUAUGAUGAGGAAAUGAGCCUUCGAGAAAGUGCAGAGCAGAAAGUGACAAACUUGAUGCAAGAACUACAGAAAGAGAGAGCCAUAAUAGAAGAUUUAAAGACUGAACUGCUGCAAAGACCAGGUGUGGAGGAUGUUUCUGUUCUAAAGAAGGAGCUGGUCCAAGUUCAGACAUUGAUGGACAAGAUGACUUUGGAGCGUGAGAGAGAAUCAGAGAAACUGAAAGAUGAGUGCAAGCAUUUGCAGGCAGAGUAUGCGAACUCGGAGGCCACCAUAAAUCAGCUAAGGGCUGAGCUUGCAAAAGGCCCUCAGGAGGUUGCUGUGUAUGUGCAGGAACAACAAAAACUUCAAUGUUCAGUUAAUGAAUUAGCACAGAAAAACCAGAGUCUGACAGAAAAGCUGCUGAAGAAAGAAUUUGAUUACACCCAGUUAGAAGAAAGGCACUAUGAAGAAUCAGUGAGUAAAAAAAACAUGCAGGCAAGCCUUCACCAAAAGGACUUGGACCUGGAGCACCUUCGAGCAAGGCUAUCUGCCGCUGAAGCCUCGUUGCAGAGGGUACAGACAGAACUGGGUGAGAAGGGGGAAUCAAGCCACAAACUUAAGGAAGAAUUGUCAGAAAUAGAGACAAAGUAUCAGCAUCUCAAGGCAGAGUUUAAACAGCUACAACAGCAGAGAGAGGAAAAAGAACAACAUAGCCUACAACUGCAGAGUGAGCUCAAUCAGUUGCACAGUAAACUUCUGGAGACAGAACGCCAGCUAGGGGAAGCACAUGGUCGACUUAAAGAACAGAGACAACUCUCUAGUGAAAAACUGAUGGACAAGGAACAGCAGGUGGCUGAUCUGCAGUUAAAACUUUCUCGUGCUGAAGAACAGCUAAAGGAAAAAGCAGCAAAUUGCACUGAAUUACAGCAUCAGUUAGAUAAAGCAAAACAGCAGCAUCAGGAGCAACAGACUCUUCAGCAAAGCACUACAGCAAAACUCCGAGAAGCCCAGAAUGAUUUGGAACAAGUACUGCGUCAGAUUGGAGAUAAGGACCAAAAAAUUCAAAACCUUGAGGCCUUGCUACAAAAGAGUAGAGAGAACAUAACCCUGUUAGAAAAAGAAAGAGAGGACUUGUAUGCGAAAAUUCAAGCAGGGGAGGGAGAAACUGCAGUUCUUAACCAGCUGCAGGAGAAAAACCAUACUUUGCAAGAGCAGGUAACUCAGCUAACAGAAAAGCUGAAGAAUCAGUCGGAAAGCCAUAAACAAGCCCAAGAGAAUUUGCAUGAGCAGGUGCAAGAGCAGAAGGCACAUCUGAGAGCUGCUCAAGACCGUGUGCUCUCCCUAGAAACAAGCAUUGGUGAACUAAAUAGUCAGCUAAAUGAAAGCAAAGAGAAAGUAUCCCAGCUUGAUUUACAGAUAAAAGCAAAGACUGAAUUACUACUUUCAGCAGAAGCAUCAAAAGCUGCUCAAAGAGCAGAUCUUCAGAAUCAUUUGGACACAGCCCAGAAUGCGCUGCAAGAUAAACAACAGGAGUUAAAUAAGGUCAACACUCAGUUAGAUCAGGUUACGGCUAAGCUGCACGACAAGCAAGAAUAUUGUACACAGCUGGAAGCCAGUCUUAAAGAGUAUAAAGAGAAACAUCUUUAUUUAGAACAGAAAACGGAGGAGCUAGAGGGACAGCUUAAGAAACUUGAAACUGACAUUCUUGAGGUUAAAGCAAGCAAAGAACAGGCCCUUCAGGAGCUACAACAGCAACGGCAGCAGUGUACAGAGCUAGGCCUCAGAACAACAGAACUGAUUAAACAGCUUGAAGCAGAAAGAGAAGUUGUAUCUAGUACUAAAUGGGAUUUGGAGAAGAAAUCUGAUGCCCUGGAACAAGCAAAACAGCAAAUAUCAAAGCAAGGGGAAGAAAAAGAAAGCCUUAAACGGGACCUCGAGAAGUUAAAUCAAGAGACAAAUAAACAACAUAAGGAACUAGAUGGCAAGAUUCAAGCAGCAACAUUAGAGCUGCAGAAAAUGAAGUUGGAGAAAGACACUUUAUUGAAAGACCUUACAGUUACCAAAGACAAAUUAUCAAAAACCAUUGAAUCCUUGAAGGAUAUAAAGGAUGAACUGGAAAAGGAGAAACAGAAAGGAAAAGCCGCUGUGGCAGAAAUGGAAAAAUCUUGCCAAGAAACUAAACAUCAGCUUCAAGUACAGACAGAGUCUGUAGCUAAAGAACGGAAUGAAUUGAAAAACUCGCUGGAAAAACAGGAAGGGAUUUCUAAGCAGCUGACAAUAGAGCUUGAUUCAGCACGAGGACAAUACUGGAGUUCGGGUGUCCUAAAAGAGAAGGAAAAGAAUGAGCAGCAUCUCCAGGGAAAGCUGAAAGAACUGAAAUCAUUUGAUCAGAAGAAAAGGCAAACUGAAACACAGCAAGCUGAAUUAAAGGGGCCCUUUUAAAAAGGUAGCAGAACUAGAGAAUAAUUACAGCAGCAAGUAACAUUAUCAGCUCAGGAGCAAGCAGAGAAAGGAAAACUAGCAGAGCUACAGAAGAUCCAUGAAAAAGAUCAGGAAAAUAUGAAAGAACUUCAGCUGGCUUAUGGUAAAGAAUCUGAGCUGCUGGCAACAAGGCAAGAUCUUAAGUCCACAGAGGAGAAACUUGCUCUGGCUCAGGAGGAAUUAGUUUCAAGCAGAAAUCAAAUUGGUAACCUUAAUCAGUUGAUCCAAGAACUUAAGACAAUAAAGUCUACUCUGGAGCAGGAUGUGUCAAAGAAAGAACAGCAGCUGAAAGAACAGAACAAGAUGUUACAGGAAAUCCAGAAAGACAAGGUUUUGAAAGAAAAAGACUUGGCUAAUGAAAAAUCUAAAACAACAGAGCUCCAGGAAAUAAAGAGUAAACUGGAAAAAGACAGUACUAAAUUUAGUGCAGAGCUUAGGACCUGCAAGCAAGAAUUUGAGAAGGAGGUGACAAAUCUAAAGGAUGCGAAGCAGUUAUUGAUUCAACAGAAACUAGAGCUGCAGGGCAAAGUAGAUAACAUGAAUUUAGCUCUUGAACAGGAGAAGAAGAAUCAGCAAAUUAUCAAAGAUCAGCUGAAAAAAAAAGAGGAAGAACUGAAGAAGGAAUGUGUUGCAAUUGAAACUAAACUGCGCACAGAGAUAAAAGAGAAAGAAGAAGAAAACAGAAAACAUGAGGAGGUGGAAGCCAAGGUCACUGUGCAGAUCACAGCUCUGAAUGAAAACCUCGCUACAAUGAAGAAAGAGUGGCAGAGCAGUCAAAGGAGGGUCAGUGAACUAGAAAAACAAACGGAUGAUUUGCGUGGGGAGAUUGCAGUAUUAGAAGCAACAGUACAAAAUAAUCAGGAUGAGAGGAGAGCAUUGCUGGAGCGGUGUAUUAAAAGUGAGGGAGAAAUUGAAAAGCUUCAAGCCAAACUCCUGGAACUGAAAAAAAAGCUGGACAAUACAACUGCAGCAAUGCAAGAGCUAGGCCGAGAAAACCAGUCGCUACAGAUCAAACACACACAAGCCCUAAACAGGAAAUGGGCAGAAGACAAUGAGGUACAGAACUGUAUGGCCUGUGGGAAAGGCUUCUCAGUGACAGUCAGAAGGCAUCACUGUAGACACUGUGGAAAUAUCUUUUGUGCUGAGUGCUCCGCAAAGAAUGCCUUAACUCCUUCUUCUAAGAAGCCUGUCCGUGUCUGUGAUACUUGUUUUAACGACUUACAAGGAUAACUGAUUAUCUCAAAUGGCACUUAACGAUACGCUAGAAUUAGAAUUUCUGUUGAUGCACUUCGUACAGCACUCAGACUACUAUUCAGUUUGAACAAUGAUUGUAACACUUGCAAAAUUUAGUAUAUUUUAAAAUGUUUUAUUAAUACUAAGUAAAACUAUUGUAUUUUUUGUGAGACAGGCUCAGAUCAUCCUCAGCUUAUUGCCAUUUACCCAGGAAAGAGCUUUUAUGUCUAAGUUAGGAACAUCCAGUUAUUUGUAAAUAAAGUUUAAACAGAGAAGCAACAAUGUA